AUGAAACUGUUCGUCGUAGUCUCGUCCCUGUUGGCCGUCGCCACCGCCGCGCCCUCGGCCGCGCUGUACGCAACGUACGCCCAACCGGCUACGUUGUACGCGGCCAACAUUGCCGCCCCGACCUACCUGGCGGCGAUUCCGGCCGAGCUGCAGAGCCAGUACCACUCCCAGGACGAGCUCGGCCAGUACUCAUAUGGAUACAGCGGAGCACAGUCAGCCAAGGCGGAGUCGAAAUCGUUCGAUGGCAUCACCCGCGGCUCCUACAGCUACGUCGACGCCGAGAACAAGCUCCAGACGGUGGCGUACACCGCCGACGCGGUGAACGGCUUCCGUGUGGCCGCUUCGAACCUCCCGGUUGCCCCGGUUGAGACGCGCACCGCCCCCGAGCCGGUCAAGGACACGCCGGAAGUCGCCGCCGCCAAGCUGGAGCAUAUGGCCGCCAUUGAGGAUGCCAAGCUGCGCAAUGCUGCCGCCGAGAAGGACGAUUCGGCCGAGGUGAUCACUGCGGCCGCCCCGGCUGCCAUCCCCGCCGCCAUCCCGCUGCCGGUGACCAGCUACGCCGCCGCUCCGGCCGCCUCCUUCGCCUACUCGACCCAAUCGAUUGCCCUCAAGAGCGCCGAGGCUCAGCCCAUCGCCUACACGUACGCUGCUCCGGCAGCCGCCGCCAUCGAGCUGAAGGCUCCCUCCUCCUUCUCGUACUCGACCUACACCCAUAGUGCCCCGGCCAGCUACGCUCUGCCCGCCACCAUCCAGUACGCUGCCGCUGCCCCGCUCGCCUACUCCACCAACUCGUACGCGGCGCCCAUCGCCAGUCUGCCGAUCGCCUCCCAGUACGCCACCUUUGCCCCAGCCGCCCCGAUCGCCAUUGCCGCCCGCUCGCAGCCCGCGCUGGCAGGCGAGAUUGUGGCCCUGCCCGAACCCGUUCAGGAUACGCCCGAGGUCGCCAAGGCCAAGGAGGAGCAUCUGCAGGCCGUCGCUGAGGCCAAGGCUCGCAGCCUACAGUAA